AUGGCGAAGCAAAUCCCAUCAAAUUCUUCUCCGCUGAUCAAAUCCUCGAAGCCACAGACACUUUCAGCGUCCAAUCUUGUUUCUGAACUAUUCGAUGAGAUUCCAUACGAUUGAUAUUAUUCAGGUAAAAACAAUAACCAUCAUCAUCAUAACAUGUUACUCAUCAAGAAAUGGAGAUAUAGGUUUAGUGAGCAUAAUGGAGGCAACUUUUGCCGCGACAUAGCCAUCUCAUCGAUUGUGAGUGGUCAUAAAAACUUCAUGCAGUUGGUUGGAUGUUGUCUUGAAUCUGAACAUCCAGUUUUGGUUUAUCGUGCAUUAAAGAAACCUUCUAGUUUAGAUCUGAAAACGGUUGUGUCAUGGAGACAAAGAUUGAAGAUAGCAGAGGAGAUUGCAACUGCUUUAGCUUAUCUUCACACUGCUUUUCCAAGACCUUUCGUAUAUAGGAUUCUGCGUUUAGAAGAUAUCUUAUUGGAUGAUGAAGAUGGUGUUGCUAAGUUGUGUAACUUCUCUCACUGUGCCUCGAUUCCACAAGGAGAAACAUUUGUGAAACUUGGUAGUGGUUGUAUAGGUGGAGAUUAUGAUUACAUGGAUGAUAAUUAUUUGAUCAAUGCUGUUGUCUCUGAGAAAACUGAUGGGAGAAGAGAGAUUUCGUGAGCUUUGAAAA